CUUUUCUUCCUUACCUGUCAUUUGGACUGAAUAGGUUUGACAUAAUGGCUAUUCGUGUAUUAGAAAUCAUAUUUUUCUUCUAUUUUGCCUCACACAUUCCUAUCACAUUAUUUAUUGACUUACAAGCUCUUCUACCUGGACAUGUAUAUCCUCAGCCGCUGAAAGACCUUCUGAAGUGGUAUGCAGAGGAGUUCAAAGACCCCAUGAUGUUGGCUCCUCCAGAGUGGUUCAAGUCCUUUAUUUUCUGCGAGGCUUUACUUCAAACACCUUUCUUUCCUGUCGCAGCAUACGCUUUUCUAAAAGGUGGCUGUAAGUGGAUCAGGACUCCUGCCAUUGUGUAUUCUACACAUGUGGCCACCACACUGAUCCCCAUCCUGGCCCACGUCCUCUUUUAUCAGUUCCCAUUGGAACCCCACCGUGGUCCCCAGACCCCGCAGGAGCGCUGGCUGCUGGUCUCCAUAUACGCUCCGUACCUGCUGAUUCCUGUGCUGAUACUGCUCACCAUGCUGAUGUCCUCCACAUAUAACCCCACCUCCAAGUCUGUAAACACAUCAGCCAAAUCCAAAAAGAGGAACUGAAAGAUUAACAGACUAUAGCUUUCUAAUGAUUGUGUUUUUACAUUUCUGAAUGUAUUAUUUUUGUAUGAGCUGCAGACUAUCUAAUAAAACUAUUAUUAGUAGGAAAUGGCUAUUUUAAAACCUGAUACAAUGCACACUUUGAAUGUGAAAAUGUAACCAUUGUUUGUUGGAUGUUUUUUCGCUUUUGUCAGCACUACGGUGACAUUUAGAAAGAAGAAAAUAGCAGUCAGUAGAAAAUUAGGC